UUCGCCCACUGACGUUACUGCCAUUGUCACGACUGUGUCUACUGCGCGUUUUGAACUACUGCUGCUCCGCGAUCGUUCCCGUUCGCCAGUUGUGUUGUGUUGUUACUUCUGCUGUCGUGUCUAUCUGUCCUACCCGUUCUGCGUCACCCGUCGACACAAUGAAGUUUCAAUAUAAAGAAGACAAUGUUUUCGAGAAGAGGAAGACGGAGGGCGAGAAAAUCCGGAAAAAGUAUCCCGAAAGGGUUCCGGUGAUUGUUGAAAAGGCCCCUAAAUCACGUAUCGGUGAACUCGACAAAAAAAAGUACUUGGUACCUUCUGACUUGACAGUCGGUCAGUUCUACUUCCUCAUUAGAAAGCGUGUUCAUCUACGUCCUGAAGAUGCUUUAUUUUUUUUUGUUAAUAACGUCAUUCCACCAACAAGUGCAACUAUGGGAUCAUUGUAUAGUGAUCAUCACGAAGAAGAUUCUUUCUUAUACAUCGCAUAUAGCGAUGAAAAUGUCUAUGGUUAAUUGUAAUUACUGUAUUAUGUUGGUUGGUUGUUUUUUGUUAUU